AAAGAAUAACCUAAGAAAUGUUUAUUUGGGCUGUAGGCCUGCAUCCAUAACUUCACAGUUCACAUAUAUAAACUCACGAUUCCUUGCUCCCCAAUUCAUUGACAACGUUUCCUGAAUUAUCAAUGGCUACUUUUUUGCUUUCCAAACCCUGUUUUUAUCCUCAUUCAUCUUCUACUCACCUUUACCGCCGGGAUGUGUUUCAACGUCAUUCGAUUGUUAAAUACAGCCUGAGGCAGUAUCACCACACUCCUGCUGCUGCUACUGUUGCUGAUGGUGUGCAUCAAAGAGAGCCCUUCGGUUUAAUCCUUCCCGGUGCCCCGAACACGCGCUCACCGACCCCGACCCCGAACACGAGUUCUGCAACCGACGCGAAACCGGUAACUAAUCGUCCAUUGUCUCAUCAAAUACUUAAUCCCGGAAUGAUUGUCUUGAGGAAUCACAUCAGCAUCAGGGACCAGGUUGAUAUAGUGAACAUAUGUCAUACAUUGGGUGUGGGUCCCGGCGGGUUUCAGCAGCCGGGUUACAGUAGUGGAUCUAAACUUCAACUACAAAGGAUGUGUUUCGGUCGAAAUUGGGAUCCGGAAACAAAGUAUAGAGAACGUUACCGAAAUGAUGGUUCUAUACCGCCCCCGGUUCCACCUGUAUUUAUUCCAUUGGUUCAAAGUUUAAUUCAAGAUGCUCAAGCCCAUUUAACCUCAGCGAAUGAAAUUCCUUUAAUGCGCCCGGAUGUUUGUUUGGUCAAUUUCUACACGGCCACUGGUCGACUUGGUCUUCAUCAGGAUCGCGAUGAGAGGCCUUAUAGUAUCCGGGGAGGGUUGCCCGUGGUUUCGAUCUCCAUUGGUGAUGCUGGAGAAUUCUUGUAUGGUCAUACUAGAGAUGAAGACAAGUUACAGAAAGUUGUUUUGGAGUCGGGUGAUGUUGUGAUAUUCGGUGGCAAGUCUAGGCUUAUUUUUCACGGGGUGAGGGGAAUCUUCCCGAAUUCAACUCCUUUGCCGUUAUUGGAAAAGAUCAAGCUCAGACCGGGCCGUUUAAACCUUACUUUUAGACAGUUUUGAGCCUGCUCGUUUUGCUAGAAGCGUAUGGAAGUCGAUUGACCUUUAACUAAUUAGUGUCUUUUUUAUGAAGUCUUGUCUUUGAUCUUGUAGUUGACGUUUGUUUCGGUUUCAUGUAGAUGACUUGAUGCGCAUCGAACGUUUUGUAGUUUGUAAUUGCCUAGAUAACUCUGACUCGUUUAAAUCACACUCUCAGAUUAACGUA